GCCCGGAGAGAGCCGCUUUUCACAGUUCACAGCAUCAGAGCGCGCUCGAGGGGCGGGGCCGUCAGUGACCCGGUUAGACGUAAGGCAACCGAGGCUUCUGUCUCCAUCGUUUCAGAUUUUGGGGGGAGUCUCCGUCUGCUGUGGAAGCCACAAUGUCUGACUGCAGAAGGCAGUGGAACCGGGAGGAUGAGCUGCCGGUGUACCUGGCGGGGCCGAUCACCACCGGGCCGAACCAGCGGAAAAGCUACGGGAUGUUCAGCUCCGUGGAGGGGGCGUUUGAAAGCAAGACCAUAGACUUCGAUAACUACGCAGUGGGAAGGAAAGGGAGCCGCACCCCGAGAAGCGGGAGCCGGGAGAGGGUCUUGGACGAUGGGGUCACCAUCGAUAAGGCGUCCAGCGAGGUCCGGGAGGGGUCACUGACCAACUCACCCGGGGACACAGACGAUGUGCGCCCCGGUGUUGAGAUUAGAUUUUCCUCGGGGAAGGAAAGCCCAAAUGGGGAGAGUGAAAGGCUGUUGAUCAAAGGAGGGCGGGUGGUCAAUGAUGACCAGUCUCUCUAUGCAGACGUCUACAUUGAGGAUGGGCUCAUCAAGCAGGUGGGGGAGAAUCUGGUUGUACCUGGGGGUGUCAAGGUGAUUGAGGCUAAUGGCCGCAUGGUGAUACCAGGAGGGAUCGAUGUCAACACCUGUCUGAUGAAGCGUUACCUGGGCACACAGCCUGCUGAUGAUUUCCUGCAGGGCACCAAGGCUGCGCUUGCUGGCGGCACCACCAUGAUCAUUGACCACGUGACCCCCGAGCCUGGAGAGAGUCUGCUGGAGACGUUCGAGCACUGGCAGGAGGCUGCAGAUAAAAAGGCGUGUUGCGAUUACUCCCUGCACGUAGACAUCCCCCAGUGGGAUGAGAGUGUUAAAGAUGACUUGGAGCUGCUGGUGCAAGAGAAAGGUGUCAACUCCUUCCAAGUGUACAUGGCUUAUAAGGACAUGUACCAGAUGUCGGACUCUCAGCUCUAUGAGGCAUUCUCCUUCCUGAAGCAGCUGGGUGCUGUGGUGUUAGUUCAUGCUGAAAAUGGAGACCUGAUUGCUCAGGAACAGAGAAAAAUCCUGGGAAUGGGAAUCACCGGACCUGAAGGCCAUCCUCUGAGUCGGCCUGAAGAGCUGGAGGCUGAGGCAGUGUUCCGUGCCAUCACUCUUGGUAACCGUGUAAACUGCCCCGUCUACAUCACUAAGGUGAUGAGCAAGAGUGCAGCUGACACCAUCGCCCAGGCCCGUAGGAAAGGUUCUGUAGUUUUUGGGGAGCCGAUCACAGCUAGCCUGGUCACUGACGGUUCCCACUACUGGAGCAAGAACUGGGCCAAAGCAGCUGCUUAUGUGACCUCUCCACCCUUGAGUCCUGACCCCACAACCCCAGACCACCUCAACACACUGCUGUCUUGUGGGGACCUCCAGGUGGUGGGCAGCGCCCACUGUGCGUACAGCACUUCCCAGAAAGCAAUCGGUAAAGAUGACUUCACCCUGAUCCCAGAGGGAACCAACGGAGUGGAGGAGAGAAUGGGUUUUGUCUGGGACAAGGCCGUGGCCAUGGGGAAAAUGGAUGAAAACCAGUUUGUGGCAGUAACAUCUACCAACGCUGCUAAAAUCUUCAAUCUGUACCCACGCAAAGGACGGAUAGCAGUGGGUUCUGACGCUGACAUCGUCAUCUGGGACCCUGACAGCAUCAAAACCAUCACUGCCAAACUCCAGCAGUCGGCUGCAGAGUACAACAUCUUUGAGGGUCUGGAGUGCCGCGGGGGUCCAGCGCUGGUGUUGAGUCAAGGUCGGGUGGUUUAUGAGGAAGGCAAGCUGCAGGCCCAGCAGGGCACCGGUCGAUUUAUUCCCCGCAAGCACUUCCCAGACUAUGCUUACCAGCGUAUCAAGUUCAGGAACCAGGUGACGUGCAAGCAGGGCGUUACUCGGGGGCUGUAUGAUGGCCCUGUGUAUGAUGUCGUUCCUACCCCCAAAUAUAUUACUCCUUCUCCAUCAGCCAAAACUUCACCCACCUCUCACCAACCACCACCGAUACGCAAUCUUCACCAGUCCAACUUCAGCCUAUCAGGGGCACAGAUUGAUGACAACAUCCCUCGUCGAUCUGGUCACCGCAUUGUAGCACCCCCCGGUGGUCGCUCCAACAUCACCAGCCUUGGUUGAACACUUGACUGUGCACAAAGUGUGGUUGUUGUGGGGUUUCACCUCUUGAGUGUGUGUGUAUGACUGAGAGUGUGAGCACAACUGGCAUGAAUGAAUACCUUUGUAUUUUUUCGGUACAAAGGUAACACGCUCUUUUUAGACCUUUAUGAUUUUUAUCCGUUCGCCUUGAGUCACAGAGAAGAAGCACAUUAAUACUUCCAAUUAAAAGAAUAGUGUGAUAUACAAUCAACCAGGUCGUUCAAAAAGACAAAAAAACUCAACAGGCUCACGACUGAGGCGCUCACACACACACAGAUCCAGUGUGGGACCCCCUUCAAGCACCCAAAUAUGACCCUGGUGUUAUGUCAUAAUGUUGUUACCUCCUUUCCCAUGAGCAUGACUUCCUCCUUCUUCUUCCUUACAUCCCACGUCUUACUGUGUGGGUCUGCUCAGACACGGUGCUCCCAGCUGAAGAGAGAACAGAUUUCUCCCUCCUGCAUCUGUUUUUCAACAUCUCAGCAGUAUUUGUUUCAAUGUGGCUAAAGUGGAUCAGUUAUACAUAUUGCAUGGACACGUCUUUAGAUGUUGCACUACUUGUGGUUUAUUGUUGCCAUGGAGGAACACUUCAAAUUGUACUCAAGGCACAUUUGUAUUCAGCAGCACAGACAUAUUCUUAUACUGGUAAAUGUAUGCUUUGGACACAUAAUGACAUUCACUGUGGAUAGAGCCAGCUGUUACUAGAUUCAAAACACAUUCAGUCAUGUUAACAUUACUGUGAAUUUCAAUAAAAGCAAUGCAGUGUCCUCUCCACCGUCAGAUCCUAUAUGCAAAUGUGUCAAUACUCUUCUAUAAAGUGUGAACAGUAGAUGAGCAGUUGGAACAAAUACAAAAAUGGCUGUGCACUGAAAAAUGAAUUCCUAGAUUGCUGUACCUACAUAGAGUUUCACUGUAAAGACUUGAUGAUGUGUGUGAUAGUUUUCUGCCAAUCACUCAUGCCAGAAAUAGAUCUUUGUUGUAAUGACAUGCUCGACUCACUGCUGUAAAAGGGCUUCAGCUCCCACCCCUGCUCUUUAAAACUUCACCGAGAAUCUUUUUAAGCCGUUUUUCAUUUUAUUUGAUUGAUUCUGGAUGUUUUCUUGGUACAUUUAGUGUUUCUAUGCCACUCUGUUUUGUUGCUGUUGUCUGGUGUCUCCAAUGGAACCACUAAUGAUCAAUAAAGACUUGACUGUUGUCAGAA